AUGAAUAUUCUGAAAGAUCACACUCUCAACCCAUCACAGCUCAACCCAUCACAGUCUAACCCAUCACAGCUCAACCCACCACAGCUCAACCCAUCACAGCUCAACCCAUCACAGCUCUACCCAUCACAGCUCAACCCAUCACAGCUCAACCCAUCACAGCUCAACCCAUCACAGUCUAACCCAUCACAGUCUAACCAAUCACAGUCUAACCCAUCACAGUCAAACCCAUCACAGUCUAACCCAUCACAGUCUAACCCAUCACAGCUCAACCCAUCACAGCUCAACCCAUCACAGCUCAACCCAUCACAGCUCAACAUAUCACAGCCCAACCCAUCACAGCUCAACCCAUCACAGCUCAACCCAUCACAGCCCAACCCAUCACAGCUCAACGCAUCACAGCCCAACCCAGCCUCACCUCUCAGGUAA